CGCGUGAGUGUGUGAGUGAGUAAGGGUGUGUAUGUGAUGUGUAUGGACGGCCGACGGUAAUACCGUAAUAACAAUGUUGAUGUUGAAGUAAUAGUAAAUAUAUUGAAUAGUGGUGUAGCUAUCGUUCAAAAAGGUGUUUGCCCCUCUUUUGGCUGUGCUCCCGAAGGAUCAAGAUGAGGGAAUCUUCUGUUAUCUGAAAGAUGUCAACGAAUCUUGUGUUCAACUCUCUCAGGUCUGGACCAUUGAAAAUUUGAAUGCAAUGUGACUGACAACAAGUCUUGCAGCCAGAAAAUGACAGACAAGGAAUAUGACCCUGAGUCUUUUCGUGUUGAACCUACAUUUUCACCUGACAUCAACAGAGAUGGAGGUCAAUAUGAAGAACUUGACUUGGGAUUUGCAACUUUAUCUGCCAUCAAAACGGAACCGCCCUCAGACAUAGGACAGAACUCAGAGCCUGUGGAUGAUUCUGAAAACUUUUUUGGAAGCUGGGAAGUGAUUAAACAAGAACCAUAUUCCCCUGAGGAGACUGUCCAGUUGGCAGAAAAUUUUUUACUGAGCCCAGAUUCUAUAAACAAAGAACAAACUCCUUUUGCAAAGAGGUCAGACUUACCCAUUGAUGGCGAAGCAGACACACCUAUCUGGCCCAACAGCUGUCUAUCAGGAAAAUCAUCAGAGGAUGACGAAUAUCGAGUGUAUAAUGAGAUUGUCAGAUCUUUUCCAACAACUUCUUGUAAGAAAUCCACCCAAUUUAAAUCAAAUCCUGUCAUUUCCUGCAACUUUUCACUGCCAGAAACAUCCAACAAUUAUUUUUUCUUUGAAAGCAGUGUAAGCAAUGUAGGAAAUAGGUUCACAGGUGACUCAGAUGAACUUUCAGCAGAUUUUCUCACCAACUUCAACGAACAAGUCAUUUUAAGUUCAGUAGAAAAUAAGUCUGUUAGGAGUGUCGCGAGUUUGCAGGGUGCCAAGUCCUAUCUCCAUAGGUGGAAGAAUGGAAGGAAAAGCCGGAAACUAAGAGGACAUGUUUGGUCUAAAAAUAAGAAGCACGCAAAAAAAAAUAAAAGUUUGCUUCAUCGACAUACAAUCUUGGAAACUUCCUCCCUAUCCCACCAAGCGCACUCUUCUGCUCAAAAGUAUCUUCAGACAGACUCCAAUGAACCUCAUGAAGAAAUCCCCAGAGAAUUUUUAUCAAGUUUACAGCUUCAGAGUCGGUCAGAUUCAUCAAGGUCUAGUGUCAAGCAACCUAUGUUACCCUCCAGGGAGUUGGAUCAGAUGCCAGAAGUAAUUUUAAACAACGAAAUCAACACUCCUGAAGAUCUCAGUUUUCAAUCUUUUGAUUCAGAAUCCUUCCUCUCCAGUCUGAAAACUCACAACCAUUUUCUUUUGAAGGAAGGCAAUGAACGGAAUAAAUGUUUGAGAUGUGGUCUGAAUUUUCACUUGAAGCCAAGGUUAUUGUCUAAAGACUUUCAAAAUUCCAGUAGUCAUUACUUCCAAUGUUUCUUUUGCUGUGCUUCUUACUCUAAAGCAUGUAAGUCAGGCUUUAAGUCGCACUUAGGUGCUCAUAUUUUGUCCUUUUUCUUUAAGUGCUGCAACAGAGAACUGGGGUUUAAAAUCAAUUUUGAUUAUGACGUGCAAGCCAUCAUAAAAAAAUAUGGUACCAAGUCAAAAAACUCUGCUUCAAUUGCUAAAAUUCCUCCCACUGGCUUAGAUCAAAGAAAUCGUUUGAAUAGAGAAAAUGCUUGCCAUCGGAAUUAUGAUUUGGCUCAAACUGUGCUCUCGGAUGGAGAGCUCUCAGUUGAAAGUGAUUUGGAUUCUUGUGAAGAUCAGACAGAGCCUCAAGAUAAUUCCGGCAUCAUAUCACAGCAUGUUCCUGAAAUUAGUGAUACUUUUACUGUAAAAACUUGGGAGUCAGAUGCAGAGCUUUUGAAAGAUUCUUCAGCGACGAAUCAUCACCAAAAAAGUAGCACUGAGCCAGUAGGGGCCAGUGAGUAUCUCAAAGUUCCAGAAACAUCAAAAAGUAAUUUAGCGAGUAUUGAAGAAAAGUUUACUUUGGUUUCCGACCUGAAACCUCGCUUAUUUACGAAGAUAGACCUUAAUUCAGGUGUUUGCAGUCAACGGCCAGUGAGCAAUAGAAGUAUCCUGACCUGUCUCUCAGAAGAAGAUAUGAAAGAGCACUGUCAGCGUGUAAAAAAUGGUUGUGCAAGGCUGCCUAGAAUUGUUCUUACUCCUGUCACAGAAGAUUCCAUCAAAAUGUAUAACUCAUCCUUACGCAUGAAACGGCGAAUCAGAAACAAAGAGGUCAUGGAUGCUGAAACCUGGAAUGAAAGAAUGAGUGAAAAAUUAAAAAGAGUUUGCCUUGAGUCCCAAAGUUCCCUCCAGGAGUGUAAGAAGUGUCAUAACAAUUUUGUGAAACAUGCCAAAGUUGAUUUGUUACUUGAAAUGGGAGAGUUAUCUCCAUGCGGUAAGUGUUUCACGAGUUUCCAUUUUAAGCAUCGAUUUGAAAAGCAUGUAAUGGCCUCGCAUCCAUUCGCUGGACCAUUUGCCUGCUACCUUUGUAAGCUUAAAUGCCAGACAUGGGAUCAAUUCGUAUAUCAUAUGAAGCUCCACGAUUUAAAUAGGCACCUGUGCCAGGAUUGCUCCAUCUCUGUGCACCAGAAUGUAGCCUACUCUCAUGAAUUGUUAAUUCAACGAGCUCUGGAGAGCAACAUCGAUUUUAAAAGUAACUUCCGAGAGUGGUCUGUGAAGCGGUCCAUACGGCCAGAUAACCUCAAUGAGAACUUGCCCUCGCUGGAUGUCCUAAACAAGAUCAUCGGUAUUGAGUCACAAGAUAGUCCAUCUGAUUUACCCGCAGCAUGCAUUGAAUCAAGAGCAUUGUCAAUUAUGGCUCCAGAUUUGGAGGGAAAAGUCACCGAUUCGAACAUUGCUCUCGUGCAAAAGGUUUCUCCGAGUGUAGGAAGAAACAGGAAGUUUAAAAAGCGCCGCCGUAAAUUCUGCAAGUUACCUGUUGACCUUUCGUCACUUAGCACCAUUGGCGUUUUCUUUAAUCACGAUACUCAAACAAUAGUUGGAGAGUGUUUGAAGCCAACUACAGAUCUGGCCCCAGUUUCCCCAGUUUUGGAGACAGCCUCAACUGUUUUUGAUCCUCUAAAUGGAAGUCUUGAUGAUUCGCUCUCCACUCAAAUCGAAGGAAGUAUUACAACCCUGGCCAAACAUUUCAGUAAGAAUCAGAAAGAUUUUGACAUAUUUGAAAUUUAUUCCUCACUGGACACAAACAAAUAUAGUCCCAAGAGAAAGUCCAAAUCAGUCGGGCAAAAUAAAGGAAAAGCUUCCUGUGUGACCAUUGUACGCACUUCUCCCAAAGCAUCAUCUGACUGUUUAAAUGAGAUAGAGCGACCUUCAUCCCCUAUUUUUUAUUAUGAAGAUGAAAAUGACGAAACCAUCUGCUCAUUGCAGAAUAGUUUGAAACAGUGCAAGGAAAUUCUAGACAAAGAUGUUUUUGAACAGAGUGAAAUCCUGCCGAGUUGUAACUUUAAAUCAAGUUUCUUGCAAGAUGAUCUGCUGAAAAAUGAGGAAUCUGCAAAGCAAUUGACCUCAAAACAACAUAACUCUAAUUUACAUUCACAAGACCAACCUUUAGCAGUUGGUGUCUCAGAGGAACUGGGUGUACUCCCGAGUGAUGAACUUUGUUUGUCAAACCAUCUAGAGUUCUGUGGACCGUCCAACACGAGAUCAACAACUUUAUCUGCAGAAAGUCCCACCAUUCACAAGAGCGCCUUUAACAGUGGUUCUAGUAAAGAGCUACUUAAUUAUAAGGGCUCAUCCAACCCAUUAUCAUCGUGUCACAUUGAGGUCAUUGGCAUCCAUUUCAUUCAAGAAACAGAAAACAGCACAGGUGAUUUUGUAGACCAAUCUUCCGCUGACAGAGAAAACGAAUGUCGUAAAGAUCAAAAUGAAAUAAAAGUUAGCAAGCUAACUUUUGGCUCUGUUGAUUCAAUGAAAUUAGCAAGGCCUUCAUCCAUUGUUUGUCCUCACCCUAAUAAAGUCUUUAAAAUACCUUCAUCUGAAUGCUGCACCCAAGUAUCCAAUUCAGCUGUCAAAUUUGAUAUGCCAUCAAAAAGUAAGGAAUCAGAUUUAUCGUCAGUCGCUUCUAGUGCAGUAAUGAACGCUCCAACUCCUGUAGAAAUGGACAGGACAGCCUUGUCUGAUACACAAAGCCUCCUUGCAGAUUUGUGUGAAAGGGUUGAGAUGGAAUCCGAUCCAAUUAGCAAUGUUAAAAUGCAAUCAAGCAAUGAAGAAACUGAGACACUAUCAGUUACCUCUGGUGCAGCAGUCCGUGAGUCAGCAGUUGAAUCUGUCGUAGACACAGACAGAAUAGCCUUGUAUGAUACUCAAAGUCUCCUUGUAGAAAUGUGUGAUAGAGUUGAGAUGGACUUGAAUUCAACCAGCAAUUUUGAGAUACUAUCAAGUAAAGGAGAAAUUGAGACCCUAUCAGUCAUCUCCAGUGCAGUAAUGAACAUGCCAACUAUUGAGUCUGCUGUAGCAAUGGACAGGAUUACCCUGUUUGAUGCACAAAGCCUUCUUGCAGAAAUGUGUGAUAGAGUUGAGAUGAACUCUGAUUUAAGUAGUGAUAUUGAGAUUCAAUCAAAAAUUCAAGAAACAAAAGCACAGUCAGUUGUCACUGGUGCAGCAGUUAAUACUCUAAUUGUUGAGUCUCCUGAUGAAAUUGACAAGACAACUCAGUGUGAUACUCAAAGUCUUCUUGUUGAAAUGUGCGAUAGAGUUGAGAUGGACUUGGAUUCAACGAGUAAUUUUGAGAUACUAUCAAGUAAAGGAGAAAUAGAGACCCUAUCAGUCAUCUCCAGUGCAGUAAUGAACAUGCCGACUAUUGAGUCUGCUGUAGAAAUGGACAGGAUAACCCUGUGUGAUGCACAAAAUCUCCUUGCAGAAAUGUGUGAAAGAGUUGAGAUGAACUUUGAUUUAAGUAGUGAUAUUGAGAUUCCAUCAAAAAUUCAAGAAACGAAGGCACAGUCAGUUGUCACUGGUACAGCAGUUAAUACUCUAAUUGUUGAGUCUCCUGAUGAAAUUGACAAGACAGCUCAGUGUGAUACACAAAGCCGCCUUGCAGAAAUGUGUGAAAAAAUUGGGAUGGGCUGUGAGUUGGAAAGUCAAUUUACUUAUAAAAAUCAUUCUCACAUUGGUGUUUUACCAAGAAACUCUAAUAUUCAACCUAAUUUAGAUGUUUUAAACAUGGCUGAAACUCAUACCUGUGCAAAUAGUUCUACCGCAACAGUUAUGCAGUAUCAUCCAAGUGAAAGCCCAAUGGAUCAGAACUCAAUACCUUUAGAUUUAUCCAAACCCUAUGAUGCAGGACUUGGUUCUGAGUCACGUUCGGUCAGUAGGAGCAGUUUAGGUUUGUCAUCAAAAAAUCCACCUCGAAAUGAGCCAGUUAUCAAUAGGAUAUCUCCUUUGUUAGACAGACGCAUGCGCUUUCCAUUAAAUUUGACCAAAUCGGCACCCUCACAAGCCAGUAUUUUAUCUGAAUCAAUGUCUGACAACAUGGAAGAUUCUAGUUCAGACGAUGAGGAAACUGUAAUAGCAAGUAAUGUAUCUGGUGCAUCAGCAGAAGUUUUUGAAGCAGUAGAGUCUUUACUUUCAGAGGUAGAGCAAGAUAUUCCCAGUUUUUCUUCAACUUUUAAUGAAUCAAAGAACAUGAAAGCAUGGAAAGACAGGUCACGUGAAGCUUCUCCCACCAUCGGGUUCCAAAGUUUUGACUAUUCUGAUGGGUGUUCUUACAUUGCAGAUUCUAGUUCAGAUGACGAGGAAACUGUAACUGCAAGUAAUGCAUCUAGUGCAUCAGCAGAAGUUUUUGAAGCAGUAGAGUCGUUACUUUCGGAGGUAGAGCAAGAUGCUCCUAGUUUUUCGUCAACACAUAAUGGAAGGGAGAACAUAAAAACAUGGAAAAACAAGUCAGGUGAAGCCUCUCCUACCAUUGGGUUCGAAAGUUUUGACCAUUCUUACAGCAAGAUUGAUUCGAUAUUGAUAAAUAUGGAGGGUAAAACCAAGAAGCAAUGGAGCCAAUCAAGGAACUUGCCAACGAAACGGGCUCUGAAACGUUUGCAUGGAUCAGAGCCAGUGUCAAGUACAGGAUCUGACACCGACUCCAGUUACAGCUUACGGCUCUCAGCGCAUCCUUCCAGGGUAUUUUCCUCAUUAAGGAAGUCAGUAAAAAAGCGGCGUUUUUUGGGAAAACAAAAAGACAAUAAACAAAGUUGUAAUUCACCCAACCUUGGAAAUGAAGAAAUUCCUGUAGAAGACGCAAAGAAAAACCAAAGGGGUAGGAAGCGGAAGAAAGGCUGGAAUCCUGAAAGGGCCCAACGACAAGCUGUGAUCUGCCGGCAACAAGGCAGAGGACCCAAUGGCAGGUUUUUAACAAAGACUCAAAAGUCUGACAAAAAGUCUAAACAGAGACCAUCUCAUGUCCUUGACCAUUCUUACAGUACACUCGAAUCAUUUUCAAGCCUCAGAAGUCAGAACUCUUCUAAUGGAGACACAACAAGUCUGAGUGAUUACAAUUUGGAUAAAUCUGAGUGUGAGUCAACAACAGAUCACCCAAGAAGUAAGAUAGGUGGAUCUGACACAUACAGAAGAGGUUUUAAAGUCCGCAAAAAAAAAGUUAGCUGUUCCUUAAAACCAACAUCCCAAUCAUUGUUAAAACCUAACCAGUUUCAUGGUCCCAGUGAUGAGUUUUUCGCCGGUGGAGUAAAAAAUCAUGCUACGGAAGCUGAAGUCAAAAUUUCAGAGGGACCCAAGAAAAGAAGAAAACGAAAAAUAUACACUGCCGAUGUACAAAGAGCCCUACGAUCAAGAUAUACCUCUCAAUCUAGUUCUGAUUACCCUAAGUGUCAAUCAGAAAACUCAGCUGAAAAGCCUACUGUUCUGAAAAAUCAAACUUUCCUCAAAAAUUCCUCAACUGAUCAAGAGAGUCAGAAACAUAUCGGAGUUGCCAUUAUGCAGGUGCCUGGAAGUAACAAAGAGCCUGUUGAAAUUAGUGCUGUUCCAAUAUUAAUUAAUUCCUCAGAAUCUUCUCAGGUGUCAUCCCAACUGAGUCACCAAGCAAAGCGCAAAAAGCGUCGGCGACUUGCCAGAAGAUUCUGUCAUCGAACAUUGAGUAGCAAGUACCGAUACUCUAAGUUGCAAAAUAUUACUCCACAGUCAGCUGAAAGAUCAGUUAUUGGUGAUUUGUCAACAAACAAAGGAGAAUCAAUCGAAGAAAAUUUGACCAUAGGUAAAAAAAGAGCGAAAUCUCAUAAUAAGAAUGAUAUGGUCAAAAAUUACUCUUCCAAAAAAGUCUUGAUGGAUGAUCUUGGUAGUAACAGACUUAUCAACAAAGGAGAAGAUAAUAUUGGCAGAGGUAAUGCUCUUAAAGUAGAAUCCACAAAACAUCUUGAUAAUACAUGCACUGCAAAGACUUUUCAAAAACGACAAAAGCAAAGUUCGGAGAAACGUUUAUGCAAAGGGCGCCAAAGGGAAGCAACUACUUCUAUCAAGAAUUCCCCAUUGCCCGAUAACAAUGUCCUUAGUAUGUCCACCGAGAGCAAAAACAUUGAAAAUUCUAGCUCACCAACGAAAAAACGUAAAAAACGAAACUCAAGAAAGCCCUUUACUGUUCGGAAGAGAAGGACAAAUGUUGGCAAUAAUCUUAUAACUUCCAACAGUGCAUCCAAAGUAAAAAAUGAAAAUACACUUGAGCCGUCUGAAAAUGGUCGUCCACUCCUUGCAACAAAAUUGCAGUCUGCAAGAAUAAAAUGUACCGGUAAACGGCGCCUUCAAAAGCUCGGUCGAUCCCAUCAGAGAUCAAUGAAAUCAAACACCAAAACCGACAUCAAUCAAGACCUCAAUAAUGUACUCGCUGAAUCUGUAGAAAUUUUGACAGAAGUUCUACAAUCGAGCACUUCCAUUGACCAUCAGAUGGAAACAAACUUUUCAUUUGAUGUUCCUUCUCAAGACAAUGCCCAAGAAGACACGGUUGAGACAAAUCCAAAUGAAGAAAGUCGUUUUCUUACCACAGAUUGUCACUCUGACUUAGUAUCAUCUGUUGAUAAUAAUAACUUAAGCAGUAAAUCAUUAAAUGAUGCAGCAGGUGGUACAACUGAAUCAAAGUUGACUGAAACAGUUGCCCAGCGUUCAUCCCACCGUAGGAACCGGGGCAAUCGAUUAACAGAGAUCUGCCUGAUGAUUCGUGUCCCUGGCUUACCUCGAAAACCUAAGCCUGGCUUUGUUGUAUCGAAAGCAAAAACAGUCAAUCUUCAAAGUGGUAAAAUUACGAAGACAGAGAGAAGGAACGUGAAAUCUUCUAGAGAUCUCAAAUCCAAAGCCUCAUGCGCAAAAGGCCGCAAAGCAAAGAAGCAGUUCCAAAUUCGGCAGCAAAAUAUGCGCAGUAAACAGCUGAACUCAGUCAAAAUCACCACCAGAACUGCUCAAGGGGCAUGUCACCCCAACUCAAAGAAUGAUGAGAAAAAUUUAGCCACACCAAAGCCAUUACCAGCAACAACAGAACAGCAAGAAUCAAAAGAGCAGAAAAGAAAAUAUCCAACCAAGCCACGAAAAGGAUGUUCUCGUACUUUUUCUGCACGUCAUGUCCUGUUCAAAAGACGAUGUCUCACUGAAUUGCUGGAGACAGUAAAUUACAUAAAUGUAAAUCAGCUAGAUUCCAGUCAAAUUAACUCUGGAGUCAAGAUUAAUUCUGACAACAGACCAAAGCCCCCUAAGCUUAUGAAACGUAGAAAACACAAGAAAUCAUCAUCCUCCAAGUCAGCAGAAAGGAAAGGAAAAGAAAGAAAAAACUCCUCUCUUAGAACUUCAUCGAAGCUCUACAAAGUAAAAAAAUUACCAUCAGAUCAUUCAUCAACCGAUCUUGAUACCUGCGGGUCUUCUCUCAAUUGUGCUCCAGCGGAAGACACCAAAGAUAGUCUUAGUCCUUGUGAAGCAGAAAGGAAUCAAGCUUUGAAAUUAUUCUUCUCUGUUAACCUCCCAACUCUCAAACCGGCUUUUUCAGAAGAAAACAAACAUUGUUCAGAAAGUGGUGCAAUUUUUUCUUCUCCUUGCAGCAGCUCUAACACCUUGAAGAAGCUAGAAUUUGCUGAAUCUCAAGCCGCAGAGAAAAUAUCAGAGCUUUCGGAAUCAUUAGGUGUUGAUAAUAAUUCAAUUAAAUCGACAAACAUUUCAGUUGUAACUAGUAAGCCUUCCAAUGAGGAUAACGAUCGCAAUAAUGAGCCUUCCACAGAAAUACCUCAUGUUGUUAGCACAGGGAGCCCCUCUCCUGUCUUGAGUGAUCUUGAAUCGGAGCAUAAUAACUUGAGUCAUGAUACAUCAUCUGACUCUGGAAGUAGAAAUCAAGGUUUUGAAUCAAGUAGUCCAUCCAUCACUCAUACCUCAAUUCAAAAAGAAUUUUGUGUGGAGGACAAGGAUAAAAUUUCAGAGCACACAGCCAAAAAAAUUAAUCUGGACAGUACUGAAGAACCCAACAAAUCAAUGGACUGCACUGUGUCUUCUGGGCCAAAAAUGGCCAAAAUAUCUCCUUCUUUCAGACAAAAACCCAAUGAGUGUCAAUUUCAAGUGGCUCCAGCCGUUGAACAUGAAAGAAGAAUGAACUUGCCUCAAUCUCAAGCCAUGAACAUUAAUCCAUGGGGCUCUGCCUCUGGUCCUGAUAGUAGGAUGUACUACCCUCAUCAGUCAGAGAUAAUGCCCUCAUAUCAGCAUUUUGACCCUUGUUUUGAGUCCAACUCCAGAGGAGUUUGGACUCCUCCAUACACAAAUAGAGAUCACUGUCAAGAGAUGUUUCACAAUUAUCACAGAAACAAUCCCUGUAGUACAAUGAACUACUAUGCGUCUGCAGGUGCACAAAGCGCACUCCAAUCUGCAGCUUCAAGACCAAAUUUCUGCAAUUUUCCACAAUAUACUGACAGCCACUCCACAAGUGUUCCCAUCAGUCUUCAUAAUCAGAAUGUUUCGUCUCAUGAACACACCCAACAAUUUUAUCCUAAUUUUUACUCCAGUAUGUCUAAUACAACCGCAAAUCCCAUUAACUAUCAAACCAGCAAUUUUUACUCCCCUCAGAUUUCAGCCACUUUUUCUCCGAACUCUCAAGUUCUUUCAAGACUUGAUAGCAAUUACAGUCAAGUUGGUCCUUCAGUCAACCAAAGUCCCUCUGAUUUAGGAAAUCAUACUUCAUCACAAAAUUAUACCUGUAGCGAGCCUAUCCCUCAUUCCUUCACCAACAGCAAUCAAGAGUCUACUCCCUCCAAUAUGAAUGGACCUGUGUACAUGACUUUGUAAUUUAGGAAAUGUUAGUCUCAUUUCAGGAAUUUUGGUGUUGUCUCUCUUGCAAGAUGUAUUAAAACAAUUGCCUUGAAAAAUCCCUCCCCCCUCUCCUACAUCCCAUUUAAAAAUUUAAUUCAGUUCACCGGCUGAUCUAUUCAUGUUUGAGAUGAUUUCUGAGGAAUGAGAUGGAAAUUCUGUGUAAAAUCACUCAUUCCUUUUUGGUCCGAAGAAGAAAUUAUUGUUUAUUUUGUGCAAAUAAUAUUUGAUUUUGUAAAAUUCCUAAUGCUUACACCAGAGGCAAAUUGGUAUUCUAUUUGCAUACCAGCAGCUAUGAGUUCUCGUGUGUAAAGCAUAAAUUUUCUGUGAUUUUUUUAGUGUAUUAGUUAGUUAGUUAUUUGAUACGUUUGUAAACUCUGUCUGUGUAUAAUGGAAGGUUGAUGUUAAAUGCCAAAAUUUUAAGCUUUCAGUGCUGACAAUCUCAGUGCCUGCAAAUCUUCUUUUUUUUGUGCUUGAAAGUUGAAUUAUGACAAAAUCAGUAGCCCUGCCAUUUUUGCAAAAUUUCUCAAUUGACCAGAUGGUCCACUUAAAAGUUUCAGGGAUGCAUCAGAAUGUCAUCGCCUAAUAAAUGGCUCAUAUAUUGUUCAUAGCUCAUUCUCAAUUCACAUGAUAAGUUUUUAAUCAUAAAAAAGCUUACCAUUAGAUAAUCUUUUAGUUUCAGUAUCAAAUUUUCAUAAUUUCUUGUUAAUUCAUGGUUACAAAUGUCGUCUUUUAAAAGUCUGAAAAUAUUAUAACAUUUUUAGGUAAUGAGUUUUACCUACCUCUCUUUGUUGAUAUAAUUGUGAUUUUGACCAAACUGGUAGAUUUCUAAAAAUAUCAUACAUCGCAUUCUAAUAUUUUUUUAAAGAUUCUCCAUCAGUCAACUCCUCAUUCCUUGUAAAAAAGUUCUCUCAUUAGAUUCCAACCAUCCAUUUUGUACAGUUUGUCAGUUUGUUUUUUGUUUUGUAAUAUUUAUUUAUCUGUUCAUUUUUUUUUUGUAUAGUGUUAAUAAUUGUAAAUAUGUUGGAAACAGUGGACUGUAAUUACCUUUUACCUCUUAUAUUGGUUAAUAGGAAGAAAUUUUGCUCCAAAAUCUUCAAUUUUUCAAUUUUAUACUCCUCUCAUGAAUGUUGUCUUUGUUCACGUAAAACUAUUUGCUGAGACAUAAGUAUUAUAUAUGUGUGGUCACAAAAUCAGAAUCAAGUUUCUCUCAAUUUUUUAUACUACCUAACAGGUAUACGGUCUCUGAAUUUUGUAAAGUCUAUUUUGAAGAAUUUUAUUCAUGAGGAAAAGUUUCAUUCCACCAUCUUUGUCAUGAUCUUCAUUUUUUAUAGCAAACACCCAUUCGAAAGGGAACAGUGUAACUGAAGAAGUAAAAAAAUUCAUAACAGACUCAAUGUUUCUUUCGCUCUUCCCGGUACACGUAACAUUAUGUAAUUUUGUUUUUCUAUUCCAUUCUUGAAGGAAUAUGAAAUAUUUUUCAAACUGAAAAUCGUUUUUCACUCUUUCAGUGUUUUUAUCUCAGUACGGUGUGACCAAAAUUCACAUUUAAUAUUGUUUUAGAGAAAAUGUUGGUGUCUGGUUUGUAUGUAAAAUUUUUUGAUCAGGCAUACUUAUACACAAGUGCCCUGAAAUACCACCAGUUAGUGUUUUCGUCUCAGAAGUAAGCUUGCCAUUCAGCUGGUCAUUUUUUGAUUUAAAACGUAUUUGUUAUAUUUUUUAAGAUACUCUGUUUUUUCAACUGUUGGUAAAUUUGAAACGUUUCUUUAGAGGUAGUAAUAAGCCUGGUGGUUUUUGAUGAUGAUCCAUUCUAAUCCAGCCUUUCAAGUCGUCUCAUUAAUUUGUAAUUUGCUACAGCAUUUUCUAUGUUGUUCCUCUCUAAAAAUACGGUUCAUCCGUCAGAUAGGCAAAUAAAAAACCCUGGGCUUCUGACGUUUCUGCUGCAAGAAGUCUCACACCAAAAAAAAAUUAAUCAGAGUUGGAUGAGAGUAUCCUGCUUUUAAAAUUCGCAGAUGAAGUCGAGAAAACAGGAAUAUAGCCUGACUAAAAGACUGAAGAGAGGUAAUUUUUCUCAGAGAAAGUUUUUCAAAAUAUGGAUCCCUUACAUCUAGGGGCCAAAUGUUUAGGCAUUUUCAUGCGUCUAAAAUGUCCCUCUAAUCAGUUACCUCCACACUAUUUUAAGCACUAUGCCAUUCUUUUUUUUUUGUUAAUUAGCUGAAAUGUGGUUUUUAUUUACAUUCAAAGAAAUGAACUCUCAAAAGGAACCAAAAUUAGUUUGGUUGCUGACCAAACUCCAAACUGUGCUGAUGUCUGAAACAUUCCCUUCCAGAAACGUUUUCUUCUCUCCUUCCAUCUCAGACUUGAUUUGUAAUCAAUUUAGGCCUUUAAAAAAAUCUGACUUCUAAAAUUAUUUUAGUAACAAUUCUCCAGCCCCAAGUAGCAAGAGGAAAUAUUUUCUUCUGUCUCUCUGUUUACUUAGAAAUAACUUUCUGCCGUUCAUAAGCUUUUUUCUCAGGGAAGUAGCCGUGUAUCAUAUUUUGUAAUGUACAAUUCCACCCUUGAGACUUGUGCUGUCACGGUUAUUGAUCUUUCUAAUAAAAGCCAAUUUUUUCAAAAAGAA